CGUGCCCACGAUGUUCCACUGUCGGCAUCUUCCAUUCUGUCUUCUGGUAGAUUGUCAGGUCGUCAUUCCGUUCCCCCGCUCAUCUUUUAUUCAGUAAUUUCAUUCAUCUCAUCCUCUCAUCGCUAAUUCACUACCCGUCAUUAAUUGGGCCCUCAUGUCACGAUCCGUGGCCAAUUGCCGCGUGCUAUGCGCCACUGCGGAGAAAGACGAAGAAGAAGAAGAAGAAGUCGUCCCGUGACUUCGGAUUCUGCUACCUCGUCUGCGAAGGAAACUGUGCUUAGAAGUCGAAUGCAUUCAUCCAACUUGGCUGCAUAAUUCAAGAUGGUGAAGUCUGAAUGGUACCGGAGGUUAACCGAGAAGUCCAAGGCUGGAUUUCGCAGCCGCAAGUCCGCGAUGUCGAGGCGUGCUAAAGAGUUCCUCAAGAGGGCUCGUAUGGCAAGCGUCUUGCGACGCAAGGCACGGGCUCGUGGAGGACUAGCACGCCGAAAGUCUUAUUCUACUUAUGGCUUUGGUGGAUACUUCUUUACACGUGUGGACGACUUCGUGGACAAAGUAUGGGACGAGAGGUCUCCCCUGGAGCAAACUCUGAUUGGCUUCAUUUUGUGUCUUUCGAUCGCCCUCUGCAUUAACGCUACCUUCUGCUAUUAUCUCAUCGACACCUGGAUGAGAGCCAAGACAGUCACGCAUACCAACCCGGAGUAUGAAGUAUGCGAUACAGACACAUGCAAGCGGGCAGCUCGCGUAACGGACGUGGUGAACAUCACUGUAGAACCAUGUGACAGUUUUCCAAAUUAUGUCUGCGAUGCAGCACGCACGACGUUCCCAUUGAGUGUGCUCCAGUACAGCGGAGGCCGGUGGAAAAAUGCCCUGCGCAGUGCGCAGCAUGAGAUCGCUAGCUUUAUGGAGGCCUACGACGAAGGAUCGAAUAUAACGGAAGAGACGUACGCUAUGCCAGGGCAAGACGUUCUCCGCGGAUUCUACAACGUGUGCCACCAAGAACUGAACAACCAGCAACAGGCGCAGUCCAUACACGAAAUUGUGGAUAUCUUGGAGAGCGUGUUAAUCGUCAAAUGGCCCAUGUUGGAAAUCUUUGAAAGCGUGAACAUUUUCAAGACUGUGGAAAACCUUCACAUGUCUUACGGCGUCGACGUAAUCGUCAGCAUCAGCGUGCAGAGGAACGUAAUGAAGACUAGAAAUAUUCAACCCUAUAUCAUACAUGUUGGGCCACCUGAAUUCCUUUUGCCGCAGUGGGCACUCCUGCGGCUAUCCCUGACAUCUGUAACGAUCAGGGACUACACCAAUUUGAUCACGUCCAUAGCGAGGAUAUUCAGACCACGCAUUGAACUAGAAGGCAUAGCCAGGGAGAUCAUAUCUAUGGAGUACUACUUGGCCAAGAUGCUUAUUAUCAAAGACGAUUUCAGCGAAUACGAGAGAAAUGUGUACAAGUUGUCGUCUUUGGCUCGAGACAAGAGUACGGUUCACUGGCACGACAUCAUACGCCACAUGUAUGCGAAGGCCUACGGCUCCGAAGACAAUUACGACCGCUGGCUGGUGCACAUAUGGGAUCUGUCGUACCUUGUUUACAUCUACAGGCUCCUACAGGACGACUAUAAUGCACGUGCCAUAGUGAACUACGUGGGCUGGAAAGUGGUCAUGCAUUUUGGCGUGCUCACAUUUCGGCACUACUUUGAGGACUUCGAGAAAAAAGUCUUCGGCUAUCAGCAGUCCAAUAAGGCAUCCGACGUCUGUGCCGAGCUCAUGGUCCUCCUGCUGCCUGUUCAAAGCGAUUACCUCGCACACAAUCCGCUACACGACAAACCUUCUAUCCUGUUCGUGCGGAGAAUAGUGGAGGAGCUGAAACUAGCGCUCAUCCUCCAGACAAAUGAGAAUCCGUGGAUGGACAGAGAAACGAGUUUUCGAGCUGUAGUCAAGAUCUCAAGCCUGACGGUGACCUUCUUUCAUGAGCACAUGGUCAAGGAGAAGUUCGAACCACGAGACACAUGCGUAGCGACACUCAAGGCUCUCUACAUGAAUAACGCCUUGAGGGAAAUGGAGAAAUUGAACGCCAGCCACGGCAACAUAGUCGCAGACCUACGGACAAUGUCACCAUUCACAUCUGACAUAAUUUACCUUGAAAGGAGCAACACAAUUGUCAUCCCGGGAUUACUUGUUCACAAUGCUACCGAAAUAUCUUCUUUACCACCGGUCCACGGUUUCAGCACAAUCGGCGCCUUAAUUGCCAUGAAGAUGAUUGAAGCAAUCACGUUUGAAGGGUCAUACAUCAACUACCAACUCGAUUAUGAGGAUUGGUACUCGGAGUGGUCCAGAGAAAAUUACGAAGGCUUACUCGGCUGCUUCAUUGACAAUAUGGACCUCUUUUCAGACUACCACGAACUCAUGCAGGUCGACUGUCUAACGAUCCUGAAGGACGUCGUAGUCAUGUCGGGAGCCUCUACACUCGCUUACAAGGCUUAUCUCAUGUUUAUGGGAAAAUACGAAGAGGAAUUCAUCAGGGCCAACCUGAAGGGCUUGAAGAUAACUCUCAACCAAUACUUCUUCCUCCACUUUUCCCUGAACUUCUGCGAGUCUACGACAUCUGCGUACUAUACCAAUUUCAAUGUACCUGAUAUAGUAAUGCAGCUGAGAUUGUCACUGCCACUACGACACAAUUUCCGCAUGGGAACUGACUUCGGAUGCACAACGUCGAGCCAGAUGAACGCCCCCAUCAAAUGCUUGGUCAUCUGAUCGUCCUCUGGUCGGAGUAAAUGCCCACGCUGUCAUCGACGAGUGGAGCAUAGUCAAGAUGGCUAAACCCUAUACCAAAUAGUUUUUAAUUAAGCAAUAAAUAGGACCUUCCAUG